UCGCGCGUCCGGACCAAGAGCAACGCUUGGCGCCAAACUACUUCCAUUUCCCGCCACCUUCUGCUCUCGACCGCAGUCGAAUCCCUUGGCGACGGCACAGGUCAAAUAGUGUCGCGGACCAAGUUUCAGUAGCAAACCAGGUCAACCUGAUGUAAUUUUGUGAUUUUUGUUAUUCAGCCUGCCUGAUUGAUCCAGUCCUCCGAUAUGGAGGAUAAGAGAGUUGAGACCAUGGAGAUCGAUGUGCAGCAGAAAGAAGUCGAAACUGCUAUGCCUGACGGCUUCAACACCGAUUACCUCCGAAUCUACUACGCAAAGCUCUUCCCAUAUGGUGAUUUCUUCAAGUGGCUUUCCUAUGGAAAUGAUGCGAAGCAUCCGGGAUGUGAUCAGUCAUAUAUUGGGCGCCGUGAGCUUUCGUUUACGCUGGAGAAUGAUAUCUAUCUGCGGUUUCAAUCCUUUGACAGUGUAUCUGAACUGGAGAGUUCUAUCAAAGAGAAGUGCCCUUUCAAGAUUGACAUUGGACCUUUCUACAGUGUGGAUCCUGCAAAGCGACACGCCUAUGCCCAGUCUGGCAAUAAUGUCUUCGUACCAGUGGAGAGAGAACUUAUUUUUGAUAUCGAUAUAUCUGAUUAUGAUGAUGUUAGGUACUGCUGCUCUGGAGCCGACACCUGUCUGGACUGCUGGCCAUUAAUGACCAUUGUUAUCAAGAUCCUGGAUACUUCACUUAGAGGCGAUUUUGGUUUCAAUCACAUACUGUGGGUAUAUAGUGGUCGCCGUGGUGUCCAUUGCUGGGUUUGUGAUAGUAGAGCAAGAAAGCUCAGCAAUGAACAAAGGUCUGCAAUUGCUGACUAUUUCCGUGUUUAUAAGGGUGGUGAGAAUGCAUUGAAGAAGGUGACGCUUACUGGACCCGUCCUACACCCUUUCCUUGCACGAUCAUACACUGAUGUUCUGAAAUGCUUCUUCGAAGACAAAUUAUUACACAGCCAACAACUGUUUGCUUCAGAAGAGAAAUGCCAGAAGAUACUCGAACUUAUUCCUGAUGGAAAUGUUUCUAGUGAGCUCCAUGAUAGGUGGCAAGGAAAUAGACGGUCCUCUAUUUCGAAGGAAGAUGUGAAUGCAGCAAGAUGGGAGCAGUUAAAGACGACCUUGCAGUCAGGAAAACAUAAGACGCAGGGGCUUCGCAGAUGUGUAGAAGAGAUUGUCUUCUCAUACACGUAUCCUAGACUUGACAUGGAGGUGUCAAAACACAUGAAUCAUUUACUGAAAGCCCCUUUCUGCAUACACCCAAAGACAGGACGUGUUUGUGUUCCUAUUGAUCCCAACAAUUGUGAUGAUUUUGAUCCUUCAACUGUUCCAACCCUAUCACAACUAUUAGGAGAGCUCAAUGCUGCUGGUAUGCAGAUUGAUUCUGAGAGUGACUGGGAAAGGACAUCCCUUGAGAAAUCUAUCAGAUUUUUCAGAACAUCAUUUCUGCAACCAAUGCUGAAAGCUUGCAAGGAGGAACUGGAAAGCGCUUACAAUGCAAAGCUCCAACAGGCCAAGAAUAACUUGAAUUGGUAAAAUCUGUAUGCACAGAGGCAGGGCGGCAACAACUCUGCGCAUCAACAGCCACACCGUAGAGUUUAACUUGGGUACAAAGUACUACCCUGGAGAUCCUAGUGCCACACCGCUGCUCAAUUUUUUGACGUGGGUAUAACUGACACAGCCAAAUGUAAUAUAUCUUCUGUUUUUUCAA